AUGACUGCAAACAUACUUGCCCAAGCGCAGGCGUACAAAACCCAGCUUGACUCAUUCUUGGAACGCAAGUUCCUUGACCAUACCUGCUUGUUGGGAUUGAACUCCAUGGUCCAAUCCAAGUUCCAAGGCUGGAUCACCAACGACUUCUUGAACUACUACAACUCCGUGGAAUCUCCAGUCCCCAACAACCAGCUCGAAGAAUUCGACACUAUCUCGUUGCUCGAGAAGUUGUGGUUGGACUUCCACUACCCCAUCAUCAAGUUCUUCCAGCAACAGCAUGCCAUCCACUACCAGCAAGUACACAGUAGCUUCAAGGAGUCGCUCAACCUGGGCCACAGGUCCAAGGGCUCCAGUUUCAAAGUGAAACCCGUGGAAAUGAGGAAAAUCAAUGAUAGCUUCACCAAGCUCAUCAAAGACGUGUUCCAGUUCUACCGCAACAUUCUCAAGCAUUUUGCUACCACCUACCAAAAUUCGUUGUUGCCUCAGUCAUUAUUGCUCCAUUUCAAGUUUGAUGUCAGCUCACAGGCGAAAUCUACUUCUGACUCAAACGUGCAAGCAAACAUUCUUUAUUUGAUCCACAAGUGUUUAUUGGCUUUGGGUGACGUAUCCCGCCAUAAAACAUUCAUAGAAGUUUCCUUUGUUAAUCCAUGUAUCUCUAACAAAGAGUUCUUCAGACACAAGUCCAUGACUGCAAAGGAAAAAUCAAUCGCAUUGAAACCUUUUUUUGAAAGAUCGAUUCAAUACUAUCAAUUCUGUAUUCUAUUAUUGCCAGCUUUGAAUGAACCAUACAAUCACAUAGGUGUUAUCUUUAACAUUAUUGAGGACAAGUAUAAUGCGGUAUUGUGGUUAUUGAGAUCCCAGUUCACCAGAAUUCCGGACUUCCAGCUUGGUUUAGCCAAUCUUAAUCGAAUUUUAUCCAAAGAUACAUUCACCAAUGAAUUGCUACAGCUAUUCCAUGAUAAGAAUGAUGCUCCGAAGAUGAAAUCUAACUUUAAUACAGCUGAUGAUCUCAAUACUAUGUUGAUUUGUCUUGCUGGCUAUUAUUACUUGCCAGGAACUUACAGGAACGGACCAAAUAUUGUUAAAAAGUUAACAUACUCCAAGGUUGAGGGUCAGUUUUUCAACACAUUAUUAGACUCAUUCGAACAACUCUAUCAGAUUGAUGAUGACGCAUCAGGAAGCUUUUUCAUCAAACAGAUUACUACUUCGACUAAAUUCCACAACUUUAUUUUCAGGUAUAUUGAGUAUAUCUCAAAAGGUUUGGCAUCACUUAAUUUGAAUCAAAACUCCCUUACCCAUUCCUUGAUGAUCUCCAGACUUAUAUUAACGUGGCUCAGUGAGAAUAAUGUUGUAUUGAGAGGAUUUCAAGCUAGAAAGUACACUGUUGAGGCAUUUAUCAGGAUCUUGAAAGUAUAUCUCGCGCAGGCCGAGACUUCAGAUAUAAGGAAUUAUUAUUUCAGAGAAGAUGUAUUAUUUAGAGAUUUUUCAGUCAUCAAGUAUCAGUUCAAGGAUUUUGACGACAAUCACCUAUUCAAAUCUAAGAACUUCAACUUGUUAUUGGGAGAUUACUCGUCCUAUAUGGAUGGGAAGAACAACUUGAGGUUAGGUGCUGUUUUGGUUUCUAGUUCGAAUAUUUUUGAAAAAUACUACGACCAAGAUUCCAAGUCUUUUGUGAAGGUUGAUAUUGCAGAGAGUCAAAACCUCGUGGAUAUCAACGACUCCCAAAAUGAGAAGCGUUUGGAUAAAGAUCAGAAGAAGGAGAAGAAGAAGGAGAAGAAGAAAGGCAAAGGUAAAAAAGCUGACAAGGCACCAGAAAGUGAU